GCACUUCCGGGUCAAGUCGCUGCUCCUCCCGCAAAGAGCUCGGUGUCGUUCUGGUUGGUCUUCACUCGCAUCUUUUAAUCCUGAAGACUUCAAAAUAUACUUGGAUCUACCACUUUUUUGGAAAACUUUAAUACCAAGCAAUAAAUUACCUCCUGCACUCUUGUUAUAGUAUAGAAGCUUUUGAAUUCUCCAAACUAAACAAUAUUCCAUUUUCCAUGAAGCCACAUUCUUGUUUAUUCACUUUAGUGAUGAGUGUUAUUAUGCCGGCUGCUUUUGUUUUGGAAGAUGUAGGCUUCAACCAAAUAGACCCACUAGAAGCAAAUCAUAGUUCCUUCAAUGCAUCGUUUCCCCCAAGCUUUGAACUCUCAGCAGGCUCCCACUCAGGUGAUGAUGUCAUCAUAGCCAAAGAGGGAGCUAGUGUUUCAAUCGAGUGUCUUCUCACAGUCGACCGCUAUGAAGAUGUCCAUUGGUACAACUCAAAAGGACAGCAACUGGAUGACAGAGGCAGAGGUGGAAAAUGGUUGGUUUCUGAUAACUUCCUGAAUAUCACCAACGUAGCCUUUGAUGACCGUGGGCUUUAUACAUGUUUCGUCACCUCUCCAACUCGUGCCUCCUAUUCUGUCACCUUGCGCGUUAUCUUCACCUCAGGAGACAUGAGUGUCUACUACAUGAUUGUUUGCCUGAUUGCUUUUACUAUCACUCUCAUCUUGAAUGUCACGCGGCUGUGCAUGAUGAGCAGCCAUCUUCGUAAGACCGAGAAGGCUAUCAAUGAAUUCUUCAGAACUGAAGGGGCCGAGAAACUUCAGAAGGCCUUUGAAAUUGCAAAACGCAUCCCCAUUAUCACCUCCGCCAAGACUCUGGAACUUGCCAAAGUCACACAAUUUAAAACCAUGGAAUUUGCUCGUUACAUUGAAGAACUGGCAAGAAGCGUCCCUCUUCCACCCCUUAUUCUAAACUGCAGAGCCUUCGUUGAAGAGAUGUUUGAGGCUGUGCGAAUGGAUGACCCUGAUGACAUGGGAGAAAGAAUUAAAGAAAGACCUGCUUUGAAUGCUCAAGAUGGCAUCUAUGUCAUUAACCCAGAGAUGGGGCGGAGUAAUUCCCCAGGAGGAGAUUCAGAUGAUGGUUCUCUGAAUGAACAAGGCCAGGAAAUAGCAGUUCAGGUUUCUGUCCACCUUCAGUCAGAGACCAAAAGUAUUGGUACAGAUUCUCAAGACAGCAGUCAUUUCAGCACUCCUGACGAUAUGAGAUCUAUUGAGUCAAACUCGAGCUAUAAAGAUGGGGCAUUUGAAAACUGCCAGCUGUGAGAUAUUCCAGUACCUACUAAAACUGGUCUCAGAAAAGGAACCUGUGUCAUGUAGGAAAUAACAUUUUUCAGAUGAUGACUGGGAUUUUCCCCUAAAUAUUAAGCACAUCAGAAUUAUUGCCAAAAUCUUUAAAAAUGCAGCAUUUUUUCCUAUCUGAUACUUCUGUCAUAUUCCUCGAGCUCGAUUAAAUGAUACACAUUAAGACUUAAGGGAACCUGGAAGAUGAACGUAAUGAGAAUGUGCCGCACUAAGAGUCCCACAGCUUCUCCUUCCGGUCAUGGCUCUUCCAUGAGCUGGGACUGACACUUAUCCUGAGGCCCCAGUUUUCCCAACAAUGAGAUGAGGGAUUUGCAUUAAAUGAUAUAUAAAGUUGUUUCUAGCUUUAUAACUUUUUACCUGUCACCUUUAAGCCACCAAGAUCUUCAGCACAUCGCUAAGCCCUUCCUUAGACUUUUAGUUCCUUUUUUAUGGAAAGGACAAAGCUGAGACUUUAUUCUGUGGUUUAUAUUUUUACACCAGUGCCAUAAUGUUUAAAGAUGUUGUUUUUCAGACUUUUAGCCUUGUGGAGUAUAUAAUUGUAUGUGCUAGGUUAAAUCUUUUCAGCGUAGUCCAUGUCUAUAUUGUAUCAGGAAGCUAACUGCUCAUUAGUAAACUACUUUCCAUGAUUACACUGGUCCUUUGGGGGGAUAUAUCAUGUCUUUUUAACUUACUGAGGUGUCAUUUAGUUCAUUGAGCUGGCAGUGAUUUCUCAAUUGAUCUUCAAAAGUGAGCAAUUUGUUCCUAAGGAAUAAUGUCUUCAAUGCUUUUAGAAUAAGAAACAAUGUCAAAUCAUCUGUCUCUGGUAAAUCAUGGAUUUUGACAUUUCUGUUAAUAGACUUUCUCAGGCCUUCUCUUUUUAAAAGUACUGGACUCUAUAAGAGGGUUCUGUGUUUGGGAUUCCGUUCCUGGGGAAAACCCAGAGAUGGAUUCCUCUUUAGACCUCUGUCAACCCUCUUGCCCUCUGUGGUCUUUUAAAUACGGUGCUAAGGGUUGCAUGCAUCCUUAAAUUAUUUGUUUAUAUUUUAAUGUUUGUUGUUGAAGUUUUUAUUUUUGUGUACUUCAGAUAUAAACUUCUGAGCUAGGGCUGCUUUUUUGGCCUUUUUCAAAAGCACUAACCUGAAAUAAGAUUAGAUAAUAGUGUGUAGUUCGUGUUACUCUAUGAAGUAUAUUAAAUAAAGAUAGAUAUAUAGAUAAAUAUACAAACACAUACAUACAAAUGAUCUAGCCAUAAGGAGGGAGACAAAUUAUGGAUGAUGCUACCUGAUUCAACUGUGUAUAAUAAACACUUAAGACUGUAUUUCUUGCCUGGCUGAGAUCUGAUAUAAUGGAAUUGUAAAUACUCUUCAGAAUAAUUUCUUCAGCUACAGGAAGCUUGGUGUCAUAUAAUUUUAAGAACUUGGCAGUGGAGCUCCAUUUGGUACUUCACAUUUCUUCAUUUGGCUUCUGAUUAUUGAAGCAUUACUUGAACUAGCGGGUCCUUAGGGAAAUGUUCAGAGGAGGUUUAAUCAGGAUUUUAAUUUAAGGUUUAAAAUGGAGGAAGGUAAGAAAUUUAAAGUAUGACCAAAUAGAACUCUUGCUUCUCUUUGUCCAGGCUUAUCAGAAAUAAUAUAUCUGCUCUGGAUAACAUGAAUGAAUCAAUGUGCAGUUUUAUCAGAUGGCAUUACAGAUAAAAAUGAUAAUGCUGCCUUUUCUGUCUCUCAGGCUGUUUCCAUGGAAACCUCCAGAGCCAAAUAAAAGCUACCAAUCAUUUAGCCAAAGCUUGCCUUGGCUCAUAGACCUGUAUUUCUUUAAGGAAAACUGUUUUCAUACAUUCGGUUAUGAGAGCAAGGGCUCUUAAACAUACCCUAGAUUAUAGAACACUUUUUCCCUUCUCAGAAUGUUUUUCUUGAAAAAUUAAAACUUCUCAAAAUCCCUUGUCUGAGCUCUGUCCCCUGAACAUUCCUCAGAUCUUCAGAUAAUACCUCUAACCCUAUCCUAAUAUAGCAUCUCUGGGGUCAUUUCUUAGAGUGUAGCUUGUCACAUUAAAGAGAAUGGAUUUUUCCCCAACAUAUUCUCAUAAUGGACAUGAGUGUUUAAAACCCUAAGGUAGUCAUAUUUAAUGAUCGAAGUCAUGGGAAACAGAACUUUGGAAAAAUGUAGGAAAUAUUGAAAAAAACUAUUAACGUUUACAUAAUACUGUAUAAUAAGUAUAGACUAGGCUACUCAAGUAUAUUCUGGAUGAAUUAUUUUAGAAACAUAAUGAUGACUUAAUUUCGUGGCCAGAGUAACUGGAUUAUUUUGAAUAUUUCAGAUUAUGGUGCCAUCAAUAAGGAAUUAAAGUAGGCAAAAUUUAAUCAGAGUUGGUAUUACUUACUAAAGCUAGUUUUCAAGAGGAAGAAAAUCGUACCUGCUAGUAUUUUCUGUAAUCACAUACUCUUCAUAUAUUAUUAAUAGUCUCAUGUUAUCUUUUUGUAAAAUCUACCCUUUUGAGCUUAAACUACAAUCUAAAAGUCUUUUGAUAGUAACUGUGGUAUAAUUAUCAUUUUGUGUCAUUAGAUUUUAUAGUUAGUGAAAAUGCCUUUAUUGAACAAGAUGUAUUUGAAGUAGUUAUCUCAUUUAUAAAUUUUUCCUUGUAUUUAAUGAACCUUAUUGUCUUUAUGAAAUAGUGGCUUUGUGAAAUGAAUUUACCAAAAAUAGACAUGUAAACAUUUUUAUAGAUUUUUUACCAGUUGAAACAAGACAGACAGGCAUUUUUUGAGCUGGUACCCAACUUGAGUUUAUAGGUAGUUUGAUAAAUCUGUUCUCAAAACUGCAUCUGUUAUGAUAGUUUAAUUCUUGAGUCUGGCCCAGUGAGCAUUUGUAUUUCCUGCCAACUACAUACAUACAUACAUACAUACAUAUACACACACACAUACACAUACAUACAUGUGUAGAUACAUAUAUAUAAUCUUUGGAGUCGCUGACCUGGGAUGGUUGUGAGAAGGCUCCUAGCUUCUUUGCCUCACUUAACACACAUGUUAAAUUCAAAGCACAUUGCUUUUCUUCCACUCCUCCAGCCUCAGUGAAGCCCUUGGUCCAGUCCUUUCCACACCCUGCAUGUCGUCUCACCCUAGAUCAGAAUUUGUCUCCUGUGUCCUGGAGUGGCAUGAAAGCACGGCAUGCUUGUUUUCCAGAGUCCAACCAAUCAUGGGUGCUAGCCUUAUCUCUACAUACCAGCAGUUCUAACACAAGUAUAUCUUAUUUCUUGAGUCACCAGUGAGAGAGCACAAUCUUUUCUCAUCUAGGCCAGUAAUGUUGUUCUCAAUGCAUUUCAUAAAAGUAAAUGAGUAUUAUUAUUUGCUUUGGUUCAGAUGAUGUUUAAAUGGUCACCAUUUUCAUGAAUACGUACAUUAUAAUUUUGUCCUUUUUUAAAAAAAUCCUUGACUGUAAUAUAUUAAAUGUUCAAUGGAGUAUAUUUCAUUUGCCUGCAAUCUUCUAUAGAGUGUAUAUUCAUUUUUGUGUGUGAUGGAAUUUGAUGUUAAUGGUUUUAAGUAGGAGUAAAUUUGGAUUUAACUUGGAUACCACCAUGGCUACCCAUUUCAAUUUUGCAAAUAUUUACUAAGCUUUUAUGUUUUCAGUACUGUUGGCCUUACAUGGGUGUCCUGCCCACAGUUACCAUGAGGAUAGAGUUACCAGGUCAUCCUUACUGGGCCCAAAUGCAUCUGUUUCCCUCUUCUGAAGAAAGACAUUCCUGGCAAAGGCAAGCGCUUGAGCAAAGGCCUGCAGAUAAGAGCGUUUAGCACAUGUUUUGGAGAACAUAUGAAUAGCACGUAAAGUUUAUGACGAGAUUUGGCAGGUGGGAAGGCUGUCUCCGGUAGAAGCAAACAACUGCAGUCACAUGGGAGUGAAGGGUGCUGAUGGAAAAGCACAGGAUCUCAGAAGACCGGCAAAGAGAACAGGUGGAGGUGCCGGUCACUGCUUCAGUGCCACAGACUCAUUAGAAUGAAGAUCUAGCCUCUGCUUCCAUAUGGCAAAAAAAUCACUAGACAUGGAGUUCUGAUUCCACCACUAGCCAUGUAAUCAUGGGACUUGGCCUCUCUGGACUUCAUUAAAAUGGAAUUGAUAGCACCUACUUCACAAAAUUAACAUGAGGAUUAAAUAUAGCUUUGCUCCAGGAGUCCCUGAGAGAAGGAUUCAUGUGCAGGAAGUCUAUCUGGAAGGCGAUCCCAGGAAGGCAGGGGGGUGGGGAAGCGAGACGGAAAAAAGAAAAGCCGAUACAGGUGCGCCAGUGAGUGGGUCACUGCUUUGGGCAACUGGUGUUCAUUCCUACUGGGAACCUCAGGGAUCUCUGCCUACCCCAGUGUAUGUAGUUCAUUCCUCAAAGUUGUUCCGCCUGAAGGCCAAGGAGCUGGGUUAUUCACAUACCAAUUCCCAUUUGUCAUUGAGGGCCACUCCCAAGAUCACUAACUCUGGCACUUCAAACCUGCCAUACAUGGGCUAAACAUGAUCCUGUAGCCAGCAAAAACCUUCAGGUACAGAAUCACAGGAGCUUUUGUGGGAAGCCUGUGGUGAAUAUAGGAAUGGUGAGUGUGACAGGGUUUUAUGGGCAGAGCACUGAUAGCACCUGCUACACAAGGCAACAACUUCACUUCCAGCAUCUUGUCUGUAUUCCAGGCAAGAAGGGUAGAAGGUCAAAGGACAAAAGACACUUAGCAGCUGAGUCUAUACCUUUUUAUCAAGAAGGCCAUAGCUUUCCCAAAGCCUCACCCAGCUACUGCUGCUCAGCUGCUAGAACUAAGUUACAUGGCUACCUGCUAUAGCUGUAAGAAAGCCUGGGGAGAUGAGUAUGUGUAUUUUUAACUGGACACAUUGCCUUAAAGGGUUCUAUUAAGAAAGGAGGGAAGAAUGGAAAUUGUAAACAACUAGUAAUAUGUGACAAGGUCAUCUUCACAUAAAUUACAGGAGCAAAAUGUGCUUCCGUAGUAGAGAAAAUUGCAAACCAUUUUCCUCAAAGGAAGAAUCUGAAUAAAUAAAUCUUAGGCUAAAUCUUCAAGUCGUCACUUAUACUGUUUCCAAUACAUGUGUCUCAAACAUCAGACAAGUUAUGAGAGUCUCCUGGGGCAUAAUUGGCUUAUUGUAGCCUAUUUAUUCAUUAACCUGUUUACUGACCUCUUGCUAAGAACAAGCAAUGACAGAGUUCCUAGAGGAGAGCAAGGCUGGCCUAUUGGAGAAAUAGAAGAAACAAGCCUGUGGCUGGUGAAGGAAGAUAGUCAGAAGCAGGCCGGGGCCAGAAGUGCAGUUAAAAGAUUUCAAAGCUCUUUUUGGCUGGCCCCAGAAAUUCAUUUCUUAGAAGAAAUACUAGGAGUGCCUAAUCUGGAAGAAGAGAUUUACAUAUUAAGGGAAGAAAGUUUGAUCAUUCAGAUAAUGCUAUUUGUUUUCUCCUGCAGUCGCCUGCAGCAAAAAAAAAAAAAAAACCCAAAAACAAUUGUGCUAAGUUUCUU